CUUCGAGAAACUGCUGUAAACGCUCAUUGCUAACGCCCGGAUCUACCUUUCUCAUACCUGAUCACCUAUAGUCUGCCCCCCCACGCUCACGCGCACCUUCCUUAUCAAUGUGAAGCCCCCUAAGAAGUCAAGACAGCAGCAGGACGAUAGCGUGAAGAUCAACAGCACCACUGAUCCAUCAACAGCAUCAGCAUCAGCAGCAACAUCAACAACAGACUCAAAAUACAGGAUAGAGAAACCGUCAUCAGCGGUCGUCGCGUUCGCGAACCGUUUGGGAUUGGGCGACUUGAAUGAUAAGACCCUCUGGAUGCGUAUUAUCACCCACCCUAGCUAUGAGCGCGUCGGUAUCCAGUCGAACGAGGGACUUGAUACUCUUGGUGAUAAGGCAUUGAACAUGUAUGUUUUGGAGUACCUUCACACCAAAUACCCAAAGAUGCCCGCAGAUGUCCUGCAGGAGGCAGUUGAGGUCUAUACCAGGACAAGCACUCUGGAACUUAUGGCCAAGGAGUUUGGUGUCGAGGAUGUCGCUCGUUGGGUCCACUCCAAGCCUGAUGCAUCCCACCAGUUGUCACCAAAGACUGUCAAGGCGUCCGUGGUCCGUGCGAUGAUUGGCGCUCUCUACGUCGAUCAGGGUCCCAUCAAAGCUCGCGACUUUAUCCACGCCCACUUCCUGUCGCGUGAAUUCGAUCUCGCCUCCUUGCUCAAGAUCGAGGAGCCCAAGCGAUAUCUGUCCUUCUUGAUGAAGCGUCUCGGACGUGAGGCACCCAUCGCUCGCAUGUUGGCCGAGACUGGUCGUCAGUCGAAGGCUCCCGUCUUCAUUGUCGGCGUCUAUUCGGGCACGGAAAAGAUUGGAGAGGGCUAUGGAUCGUCGAUCGCCAUGGCUGAAUUCAGGGCAAACAGUGAUGCUUUGAAAAAGUAUUACAUGGAGGAGGUCAAGGACUUUUCGUUGCCGUCGGAUGUCGAGAUCGGAGGAAGUGUUUAUCGGUCAGGAAAGAUCGGCGACACGCAGAUCAUUGUCUAAGAAUGCGGACGAUUUUUUUUGGAAAGGAAGGAAAAGGAAUGAUGGCUGUUUUUCAUUGGCAUAGUAGUAUGGGUGGUGGUUGCAUGUUAUCGGGACGAAGGAGGAGGAUGUCUUCUGCAUAUUUGAUCAGUUU